AUGGUAAGAUGUUUGUUUAAUAUUUGCUUAUAUCCUGCAGUGUUAGGAGUGAUGAAUGUAUUUUUAUUGAUUUUCAGACUACCUAUACUGAUAAAGAUCCCAAGGUACUUAUAUUACAUAAUACUUUUAAAGACUGAAGUGGAAGUCAAAUCCGUAAUUUAAACAAACGGUUUGUUUACAUUUUGAACUGCUGUAUUUUUUAAAAUAUGGUGUACUGUCUGAAUAUCUAACACCAUUUUGGUUCGCUAUGCUUCUAAAUGAAUAUGAAAUAGAGUUUAUGUUCAGAAAAAUUCGAAACAUUCGAUUGGGCAAUGUUCAUACUGAGAGGGUCCUCACAUUGUUAUGAGCAGAACCGAUGCGCAGAACGGACUUGGCUUCCACUUUAAACUAAAGUGCUUUUUUACAUUAAUUAGGGACACUCCACCCCGCGAACAGAUGUCGCUCAUAUCAGGGUUCGUAUAAAAGCUUUAUAUGAGCCUACACUGAAAUGAACAUUCGUUCGCCUCAAUUGUUUUUCUUUUGCGCGAAAUUUAACUUUGUUUCAGCGCCUUUGUCGUCCAUUACCGCCGCCAGGUUUGUUGAAUCGCGGGCGAAUGCGGUCGGUCCUAUGAGAACUAUGACGUAAGAGUGUGAAAGAAACAAAUUACUCUUUAUUAAACUUUAGAGCUUUUUUUAAAAAUAUUUUUCAACGCUAAGAUCGUUGCUUGGUUCCAGAGUGUCACGGAAAACUGUGAGAAUCAGCCACAACAGAAUCGCAAAAGAAAAAGGUCUGCGACAUGAGCGUGGCUGGCGAGAAUUUGCAGAGUGAAGUAGUAAACCUACGCGAUUUAGAUCAUUCAUCUGUUUGGUUUAUUCGGCGUUCGGUGCAUUUUACGCCUUAAUCACAUAGAGGGCAAAAUUACUCGAAUAUGAUUGGUUAAUGAUGAGGGCAUUUUUUCUUAAUUCAAGGCAAAAUUACUUGUACCUGAUUGGCUGAGACGCAAGCGCGGAAAGUUUCUUGUUUUAAAUAGCAACAAAAACAAUGGUUUCCCUGAACUAUUUUCUCGCUUUGUCGUUGCGGAUUAUGAUGUUAAUAGGGAGUCUAGCUUCACGUUUCCGGGAACGGCAAACGGCAGGUUCGAACUUUCUUGGCAAAAUUUUCGUUGAACGUUUUCGUUUCAUAUUUUCUUUCUUGCGUCGAAAGAAUAAUUAUGUAUUUCAGUUUUAAAACAGCAAGUUUAUUUAUUGCCUGAUACCGUAAAAUUUAUCUUUGCGUGGCGUUUGCCGUUUGUUGUAUAUAACACGAAGCUUAAACUCUCUAUUGAAGAAUUAAAAACUUCUAGUGAAAACUCGAACACUAGAAAAAGUACAAAUUUAUGGGUUAGAGUUAGGCUAUUAAGAAAUGGGCAACAUAAUCAAGGAACGUCGGCGAAGACAUGGAGACAUUAGACAUACGAGGUUCAAGAACUUGACAAGUUCACAAUCUACUCAAUAAUAAAUUUUGCCCUUUAUAUCAACAAGUAAUCGCAUAGUUUCUCGUAAAAUUAAGGUUUAAUUUCACUUGUGUUUUCAGAGUUUCAUCAAACUUUGAAAACACGCAUGUGAAAGUAAACCUUAAUUUUACUCGGCCCCAUGCGAUUACCUAUACGAAUACUUCGCAAGAACGCUAGAAUUUGUGCGUGGCUAAUUCCAACAAAGGCCAAAGCUAAAACCAGACGCGAUGGCAUCUAUACUCCCACGCUAUAAGCCAGAGAAACACAGGGUGAAGAAGAAAUCAAGGGGUGGUGUCCCCUUCUUUUUUUUAUUAACUUUACAAUCAUAUAUAAAAAAUACACAUGCAGCUAUGAUUGAAGGAUUGGACAACAGAACUAGAAUCCCAUACUAAGUCCAUCCAUCUAACACUAGAACACGACAUAUUACGGACUACAAACUGGACAACGUAAUACUGAUUUUACAGGCCUCAAUACACUAUAUAAAACACGCAAGAAUCAGCGGCGUAGCCAGCUCGAUAAUUGGGGGGGAGGGGGUUCCAUAUUCAUAUAUUCGUGUUCUGCAUUAUUAAUUUCUUUUGAAAUCGUUUGUUUUUAAGGUCUGUGAACACGAAUAUAUGAAUAUGGAUCCCCUAAUUAUCCGAGCUGGCUACGCCGCUGGCUAGAAUAAAUACUACACUACUGUGAAAUUAUUUGUGAGGUUCAGAUUUGACCACCACCAGCACCACUAGUUAGAAACCACUUACCACUUACAUGCAAACCAGGUCAGCACGAGGUAGUGAUAGUGGUAAUGGAAGUCAAAAGUGAGUCCAGCCAUUUUACACCAGACUUUAGUCCUAACAACAUGUACUUUACAAUAUAACUUUAAUCGGAGUUGCUGUUCUUUUGUAUUUUGAGUGGUUCCUGUAAUUAUUUAAUUACGUAGCGUUGUCGCUUGAUUUGAACUGAUAUGUUUUACUGAGAGUAAAUUUGAAUAUAGAAGUCACAUCCAUAAUGUCAAGAAGUCACAUCCUUAAUGUCGCAAAUUGACGUUUAGGGUGGGUAGGUGGGUCAAAACCAUUACCUUGUGACAUUAAAUAAUCUUGCCUUAAGCAGGAACGUGGGGAGGAUGGGGGGGUGGUGUGUAACACCCCACACAAACGUUUUACCUUCUAAAAAAAAACUCACAAGCAUUCAGUUUUUCCAUUGCAAAUUUGAUGGAGUUGGACCUUUGAAAAGUUUGUCAAAAUGUUAGGGUCAAAGUGCAAUAAACAGUUCACUCUAUGUAUGCACAUUAUAUUUGGACCGGCAAAUAUAUGAAAAUAUUUAGCUUUCUUUGCUCCCAUAAGUUUCAAUACAUUUGAAGUUGAGCACCAUGUGUACAGCACCAUGUCAAAUGCUGAAACCUACAAACAUGCAUAAUGUCUAGUUGUGAACUUCCCUUUUCUAGCCAGAUACUGGUCGAUUUCUGGCAUUUGAUCACGUCACACUUUGGGUUGGUAAUGCUAAACAGGUAAUGACCCGACUUUAUUGUUUUCCUUCCAAUUUUCAAUAGCAAAUCUUCAUCCAAACGAAUUUCCUGCAGCUGUUUAACAUUUCCUGCGAGCAGUGCUCGCCUAUUUUUUCCAUUCCUAGUUAUUUUACUUUGUCUAAUGCCAGAUGUAAUUUUUCUCGUCAAGGGGAGUGCUAGCUAGUAUUAACUCAAUGGGUUAAUAGUUUUAUAUUAUUCCAGGCUGCAUCAUAUUACUGCACUCGUUGGGGAUUUGAGAUAAUUGGAUAUAAAGGCCUGGAAACUGGCUCAAGAGAAGUUGUGUCAUAUGCCUUACGUCUGGAUAAGGUAUGGAACUACAACUCACAAAAUGAUCACGACCUGAAUCAAUAUUCACCUUCUUUUAAAAUGCCCCCCCCCCUCCCUGAAAGGAUCUGCCCCUUCCCAUUUCAGAAGAGUCUUCCCUCCCUUUCUUCACAAAUGUCCCCCACCCUUACUCUAAUAGGAUGUUCUAGCUUCUCCCUUGAGGAUAAGAAUCCUCACCCUCCAUGCUAUGGUAUGUUCUCUACCCUUGAAACACACCCUCCCCUAACCCCCUGCCCCCUUGCAAAUUCGCCCAAUGACAUUCAUCCCCUCUGAUCCUCUCUUGAAGAAUCUCUAUCUGCCAUGUGAAACCUGAUCUUCCGAUGUUAUGAUAAAAAGGACAUUUGAUAAGCACCAACUGGUGUGUAUUAAUCAUCACUCAUGCCAACCAUCAUUGAUUCACCCUGUAUGUUUUUUUUGGUAGAUUGUGUUUGUUGUACAGUCUCCAUUGAACCCAACGGGAACAACAUCAGAAAGUAGGUUCAUUGAUAAUUCAUGAAAUUAACCAGGAAUUUGUAACCAGGUUUACAUUCCUGUAAUUCUCAAAAUUUCCUGGGGGCUUUGCCCCCUUAUCCCCAAGCCUGUCCACUAGUGACUGUGCCCCCAGACUCCUGCUGCAGCUUGCUCUGCGUAGCGCCCCAAUUAGCCAUUUCCCAAAGUCCUGGGUCUAGUCGCGCAAAUCCCAGGUACGAGGGACAAGAAAUAUGGCAGCACACAUUUAAAUUAAAAGUUUAAUGUAAAAAGGAGAUAUUUCAUUUUGGUGGUCUAAAAUUUGAUAUUUUUAUGGUCGAUACUUCUAUUCUUUCACUUAUUUGACGCCUGUCACCAUAUAUUUUGUCCCUCCAAAUGAUCCCAGAAUGCACGGUGAUCUCUUUUGGGAAAAGGCUAAUAAACUCCAUUAAGAUCUUUGUGUACGUUUUCUUUGGUUAGUUAUGGGUGCACAUUUGGCAAAACAUGGAGAUGGUGUGAAAGAUGUUGCUUUUGAUGUUGAAAAUUGUGUUGGAAUUUUUAAAGUAAGAAUUUGUUUUUGCAAUGAGUUCCAGAAAAGAUCCACCCUACCCCCAAUGAAGGAUAUUUCUGCCGUCUUGCGGAGGUUAACUAGUAUGGAGGUUUUAUGGAAUGACCCAUUUGUUGAAAAAUUCAGUCUUUUCGAGCAAACAUUUAUUGUCAAUUUUUCAUCCAGGCGGCUGUGAAUCGAGGAGCUCAGGUUGUCAAAGAACCGUGGGAGGAAUCGGAUGAGAACGGCAAAGUGAUAUUUGCAUCGAUACAAACAGUAUGUGGAGAAGUUUUUAAAUUUUGAUUGACGAUAUUUGAGACCUGGAAGUAACAAAUUAAACGUCUAACGAGCUUCUAAUUACGGUAAUUUAUCUUUCAAGUUUGGCGAGGUUUGUCACACGUUUGUGGAACGAAAGGAUUACAAAGGCAAUUUUCUGCCUGGGUAUAAGAAACCAGCAUUUGAAGAUACACUUCUUAAAACAUUGUAAGUGUUUGAAACUUAGUUCUGCAGCGUCAGCGAAUCAUUUAGGAAUUUUAUACAGAUUUUUUAAGGAGUUUGAAAGAUUUCUCAAUUAGCGAUUUUCGGGUAUUUUUCGAGGUGUACGAGAUUUUUACUGGACCACCACGUUUGACAUAAUCUUCAUAUUUCUUUAUAGGCCUCAAAUCGGGCUAAACUUUAUUGAUCAUAUUGUUGGGAAUGUGCCAGACAGGGAAAUGGUUCCAGUAACUGAGUGGUAAUUCUUGUCAUUUAAACAGGUUUCUUUUCGGUGGGCCUGCACGCGGGCUGAGGUUUCGUCAGUGUACAAUUCAUUAAAGCUAAGUCGUUUAUUCUCACAUAGGUACAACAAGACACUACAAUUCCAUAGAUUUUGGUCUAUAGACGAUUCACAGGUUGGUUUAUAGCAAAUCAGGGAUGGCAUCGCAUGAAUCGACUUGAAACUAACUUAUAUACUAACUUUAUUUAUACUGGAUAGCUCUAUCAGUUCUAGACUGUUCUCCCUAGAGGUCCAGUAAAGUUCAUCUGUUAUUGAUUCAGUGUUACUACAGGAGGAAACCUAAACUAAACUAACUUUGUUUAUACUGGAUAGCUUUAUCAGUUCUAAACUGUUCUCCCUACAGGUCCAGUAAGAGUCAUCUCUUAUUGAUCCAGUGUUACCACAGGAGGAAACCUAAACUAAACUAACUUUAUUUAUACUGGAUAGCUCUAUCAGUUCUAAACUGUUCUCUCUAGAGGUCCAGUAAGGAUCAUCUCUUAUUGAUCUAGUGUUACUACUGGAGGAAACCUAAACUAAACUAACUUUAUUUAUACUAGAUAGCUCUAUCAGUUCUAAACUGUUCUCGCUAGAGGUCCAGUAAGGAUUCAUCUCUUAUUGAUCCAGUGUUACCACAGGAGGAAACCUAAACUAAACUAACUUUAUUUAUACUGGAUAGCUCUAUCAGUUCUAAACUGUUCUCGCUAGAGGUCCAGUAAGGAUCAUCUCUUAUUGAUCUAGUGUUACUACAGUCUUAUUGUCCAGCGUCCGUUCUAUGGGAGGAAACUGAAGUAUUUAAUUGGAGAAAACCUGCAGUGUUUGGUAGAGUCCAAUUGGAAGCGAAUUCUUGCAUGCAACUGGCAUGAAAUUAUAAUCAGACACUAACUAUAUAUACUAUAUAGCAUGAAUCAAACCCUGCUGCCAUGAUGUCAUUUCAGCAACCCAUGAUGUCAUUUCCCUCAUCAGGUUGACACAGGUUACAGCGCUCUUAGGUCGACUGUGGUGACAAACUACGAGGAAACGGUGAAAAUGCCGAUCAUUGAACCAGCUGCAGGCAAGAAGAAAAGUCAAAUCCAGGAAUAUGUUGAUUACUACGGCAGUGCUGGAGUUCAACAUGUUGCUCUGAAUACUGCAGAUAUACUCACUACUGUAAGUUAUACCUGCGAAUGUUUUAACGUGCUUAAAAAACAACCCAUCUUAUGAAUUUAUUGGCGAAGUAAUUUUAAAAAUAAACAUUGCAUAAAAGCGGUUUUCCAGUCCUCGCACGAAGCUCCUCGCAGCUCGCUGCGAGUGCAUGCAUGAGCACUUUCAUCCAAUCACAAUGCAAAACAGUUCAUUUUAAUUAGAUGCAAGCACUCGUAGCGAGCUGCGAGGAGCUUCGUGCGAGGACUGCAAAACCGCCUUAAGCAGAGAAAAUCAAAGCUGAACUUUAUGUAAAUCAGGACAAAUCUUUAUCCGUUUUACAAACAUUGAUUAAACAUUCAUUUCUUUUGUAUUUUCCUCGUGAAUUAUUAAUGAAUUUUUGUGAUGGUAUAUGGCAUUUAUUGUUUUUCUAGCAUUCAUUUCUUUUGAAUUUUCUUCAUAAAUUAUUAAUGAGUAUUUUAAGUCAGUGUUUUCAAUAGGAGGCGGUUACCGGCGGUUCACCGCCGCCUAUUUCGCCUCUGACAGCCGGUUAUUUUUUCGUUUACUGUAAUUUUCUAGCGACAUAAGAUUGUAUUAUUUUAUUGAAAAUAGUAUAAAGUAAGUGACUAGGGAUCCAAGGAUAGUGUAAAGUUUCAAAUUGAAAAAGACACGACACGAACUGUAUAAGGUCGCCGACAACCUAGAACAGUAAGAGCAGGCAUAGGCUAAAGCAGCCAUGGAUUAGAACAACGUUCUUAGGGGAUAAACAAUUCCUUAUCAGUCCCUUCGUAACUCGUUUAUUAAAUGUUGAAUUGCAAGGGCUCUUAUUUGGGCAUGACGACUUUCUGUUUUGUAAAGUUGAUAGCUUACAUUACGAAAUAAACAGUUACCAUGAUCCUCUUGGAAAGCAUACUCAUGCAUGUCUUUCCAAAAAUGGACUUGAAGCCGUACUAUUACCUACACUAAUCCUAUACAGAUGAGUAUUAUAUUAAAAGUUAAUAUUAUCACUAAAAGUAAGAGCAACAUAUUAUUACAAAAGUUUACGGUGGGAAGAAGAAAGAAGUCCAAAUCAGUCUUAAAUUUAUAGCAGAUUGCUUUUUACUGAAUAAACCAAAGAAAAGAUUGAAAUUUGGCUUUCACUUGAAAUUUUUGAACGCAGACGCCUAUUUUUGAAAUGCAGUCCGCUAUGAUGAUUAUUAUUGAAAACACUGUAAGUACUAGUUAAAACACGAGCAGGAAUGCAUGCUUUAUCUAAUAUAAAAACGACGUCUCUUAUGAAUUCAUUGGCGAAGUAAUUUUAAAAAUAAACUUUGUCAAAGCCGAGAAAAUCAAAGCUGAAGUUUAUGUAAAUUAACGUAAUUUUUUAUCACAUAAAACCACCAACAACAGUGAUUUCUUUUAUCUUUUCCUCGUGGAUUAUUAAUGAGUUUUUAACUGGUUGUACAAAGCCCAUAUAACGCUCAACCUCGUUCUCAGUGUAGAGGAGAGAGCCUGGGGACGAUGUAGUAUAUAUAACGCUUUGGACUGGCAUGGCUAUCGGCUUGGACAUAAAAACCGUUGCUAAUGUUUGGAAUCCAGUUUUAUUUUGCUUCACUAGUGUGUCUCUGACUUUGUUUAUUAACUGGAGGGCAUAAUUUUUAUCCGUGUAAUGAAACUGUGGGAAUAGUUACAGUUUUUCUUCACGUCCUUAAGCUCGCUGUUGACAAGUCUGGAACACGUUGUUAUCAUCUGGUAACAAGCUGAGGUUGAUGAGGCCAACAAACUAGCUCGCAACAAACUGUUCCAACAAAUCUGAUAAUCGUCUGCACGUAACAAGUUGUCAACAAGUUGAUGACAACGAGCUCGUAGCAACUUGUUACGAACAGCCUGUAUUGGUCUUGUUUGGAACAACUUGUAGCAAGUUUGUUACCGUCAUCAACCUUGUAACAAGGUGAUAACAUCUUGUUCCAAACUUGUAACAACAACUGGGAACAAGCCGUGCGAACACAUGGUGCCGACAACAACCUUGUUACAACUUGUUUACAGAUCUGUGUGACAUCUUGCGCGUUUUUUCGUGUAGAUACAAAAACUGAAAGAAAGAGGAAUGGAGUUUCUUACGAUUCCAAAAUCCUACUACGGAAUCUUGAAGGAACGUCUCAAAUCCUCGCGGACAAAGAUCAAAGAAUGCAUGGAGACGAUUGAGAAACUAAAUAUCUUGAUUGAUUUUGAUGAGAAUGGCUACCUGCUUCAAAUUUUCAGCAAGCCUGUCCAAGAUAGACCCACGUUAUUUUUGGAGGUUAUUCAAAGACAGAAUCAUCAGGUAUAUAAUGCAUGUUAUUUUGGGAAGGGACGCUACCAUAAAGCCAAAUUUACACUAUCAGAGUUUCUGUAGUUUCUGUGAUCACAGUAGGAAUUUUGCAUACCUAAAAUUCUAAGUUUUGUAGAUUUGUAAGAAAUGUUUGAGUGUCUAAUACAGGUGAUGGUCAACUAGUUUAGAAAUGUUGAAACUUAUCAAAGCAAGUUAAUAAACAAUUCCCAUUAUAGACUAAUUUUAAAUCUAGCAGGAGACGCAAAAAAAAUCACCACAGCUAGAAAGAGCAUACUGAAAUUAGUAAAAUUGCAAAGUUUGGUUGCGAAACUGUUGUAACAUGCGGAAAAUAUAGCCUUGCAAAGUUCGCAAAUUUCGUAUACUUUUGUAUUGCGUGCGAAAAUUGCUACCAUUUUCGGCCCAAAUGACAGAAAUGUGCAUGCAAAAGUUAUACAAAAUUUGAAAACUUUGCAAGGCUAUAUUUUCCGCAUUUUACAACAUUUCGCAACCAAACUCUGCAAUUUUGCUAAUUUUAGUAUAUGCUCUUUCUAGCUGUGGUAAUUAAUUUGCAUCUCCUUGCCUAUAUUUUUAAAAUAGUCUAUAAUGGGAAUUGUCUAUUACAGUUCGAACGGGCAAACCGAGGCCACUUUUGCAUAUUUUUUAUGUUUUCAAACUAACUAAAACCAAUCACCAUCGGGAUAUUUUGACUAAACAUUUUCAGGUUAUGAACUUAUAGUGACAUAGCCAUAGGUCUAUAAAUAACCCGCUGGUGAUUGCCGAUUGGUUUUGGCUUAGUUUGUGAAAACAUUAAAAAUACGCAAAAGCGGCCCCGGUACCGGUUUGCCUGUUCCGGCGAGCUGUACACUACAUCUCUUUAAUUCUAUUUAUUUGCCUCCAAAUACAAGACUACUACAUCUAUUGAAACGAAUGAACAUUAUUUUCUCACUCUGAUAACUGCAGGUUGACCUGCAGGUCGCUAGAUAGUAUACUUCAAAAUAAGGUUUCCGUUUUUAUAACGUAGAAAAAAACUAUCCUAACGCAAAACUAAACCCUAACCCUAAUACUAACCCUAACCCUAACCUAACCCUAACCCUAACCUAAACCCCAACCUAACCCUAACUUAUUUUAAUUAUUUUAAAAAUUGAUAUAAAAAUGGAAACCUUAAUUAUUUUGAAGUAUACUAUCUAGCAAUUGCCCUGUACGACAGUACUUAGUGAAAUAAUGGGUGAAGCACACUUAUACAGGCGGCGCAAUUAAAUAAUUUUAUCCUUAAUUUUUCUCAGGGAUUUGGGGCUGGCAACUUCAAAAGUCUUUUUGAGUCAAUUGAGAAGGAACAGCGUGAACGCGGGAACUUAUAA